CAGUGUACAGAAUACAUUUAUUCCAAGAUUUGAUGUCAUUUUGAUGUACGUGUUUAAAGUUUUAUAAUCUAUUUUUUGCUCUCUUACAUUCAUUCAUUCAUUACAUCAUUCACAUUCAUAUCGUAAAUCGUUCUAUUGUUCAAUGAAAAAAAUAAAAUUAAAAAUGCAAUUUGUCAAACGAGUACGAGUACAACAACGAAAGUCAAAAUAAAUAAUGUACUUUAUUUACACAAUAUCAUUUUAUUUAAGUUGUAAUAGUUGUUUUAUGUCGUCGUUAUAAAUACUGAAUUAAUAGAUUACCUUAGUAUCUUAUUGUGUAUUAGGAAACUUGAUCAUGAAUAGCAAGAUAUUAAACACAAUAGCUAAUGCCAUCGAUAAUAGAGAAGAGUUGAAAAAAAGAAUAGAAAAUGGCAAAAUAAUUCAUCAAGAAUUAUUAAAUUGCAUACAAAAUUGCCACAAUCGGUUUGGAGGGAAGUCAGAGUUAGCCACGGAAGAUGAUAUAAGAAUAGCUCAACUAUGUGAAAAAUGGGAGAAAUUGCUUAGCCAUGGCAUUAGAACUAAUUUAUCAAACUCAGCAAUUCAGAAUUUGGUUACAGCAGGUUUAAACUUCACUUUUAAUAUUGUUAAUGUUGGUAACUCUCUCUGGAGUUACACUUGCUUACAUUUGACGAAACAUGAAAAAGAAAGAUUUAAAAUUCUAACGAAUAUUAACACACCACUUGGAUACUUCAGAGCAUUUCUUAGAGCUGCUUUGAAUGAAAGGUCUCUUGAUAGAUAUCUUCAAAGCUGGAUAAGUCAUGGCCUGCUAAUGGAAUAUUAUGAAGAAGGUGCUCUGGUCCGAGGACCUGAAACAUCACAUCUCUUUCCAAGCAUGGCUGCAGGUUUAUCAACAGUAUUGUUUGCAUUAUCAAUUGACAGACUAGAGUUGAAUGACUCACAACAAGCUAAUCAAACUAACAAAGCAGAACAUGUGAUACCUUUACCAAUGCCAGUAAAAUCAUCAAGUAAUUUGAAACGAAAACCACUGAGACAAGUUAUAUCCUUUGACAAAAAUGAACAGAAAAAUACUAAAAGUAAUAAGAAACAAAUAUUUGGAGCAACAGAACAAGUUGAUAAUUCUGCUUGGAACAGUGCACCAGCUACUUGCCUCAAUUCACCAGAUCCCAAAAUAGUUGCCCAGGCAGCCUCAAGCAGCGAACCAACUAGUUCAGAAUACAAAACCAGUUUAAGGCAUUUUUUUCCUGACAGUGUCAAAGUUAUGGACAGUCCUUCACAAAUUCUCUCCAAACUUUCUGAAUGUGCAAAGGAAAUAUUUUCAUCUUCUAGCAGUAUUGAUGUAAACAAUGUCAUCAAAGAUGAUGUUUCGGAAUUAAGUGUAAAUAAUUUAAAAAUAUCAGAAAGUGACAGUGAGGAAGUGGCGGGAAGUAUUGAUGGUAGUACUUCAUGUCUAGAACUUUGUUUCACAGAGGACGAAAGUACGCCGGACGAUAAGACAUUAAAUGCGAUAUUAGAAAGUAAGGAAAGAGAGUAUUUAAAUUUACAACUAAAAUACACUCAAAUGGAAGUAGCUAGUAAGGAAAAAAUUAAAAAGUUAGAAAAUGUAGUAUUGGAUCUGAGCAAAGAAAAUGAUCGAUUAAAAGAGCAACUGCGGCAUUACAUGUCAGCUGUUGAAAUCGCAAAAGCUUUAAAAACUGAAAACGUCGAUAACACAGAAGUUGAUCAGUACGAAAAAAAAUUGGUUCAGGUGGCUGAAAUGCACGCCGAAUUAAUGGAGUUCAAUACGUAUCUACAACAGCGGCUUAAAGAGUACGAGAAUAUAUCGACAUUAGAAGUACUGGAUUACCCUGAGUCUAAUGUGAAGGCACAUAUACCGACUGCAUUCUUAGUUGGAAAGAAAACACAUUCAUAUCAUGUUUAUCAAAUUUAUCUGAAGAUUGGACAAGAAGAGUGGAACGUAUACCACAGAUACGCAAAAUUUCAUGAACUACACACGCAGCUCAAGAAAUGUCAUCCUGAUAUAGCGACGUAUAAAUUCCCACCAAAGAAAACAUUACGGAAACGAGACGCUCAUUUAGUGGAACAGCGGCGAGUGGCUUUGCAGGCGUAUUUGCGACACAUACUGCUGGUGUUACCAGAGCUUAAGGAGUGCACCAACCGCGCACAACUCAUCACUUUAUUACCAUUCUUUGGAACGUCAUCUACCACUAACGAGAAUGGGUUUAAUAACCCACUAGAUCGUCAACAAUCCAAUGACUCUAUUUCGUCGUACAAUGCACUAUGAUAUAGUUUGAUUAAUAAGAACAUUCCUAAGUUAAUAAGUACAGUAUACAUACUGCAACCAGUGCGUAGAUAUUUUUCCAAAUAUAGAAGAUAUCAAAUUUAAUUUAUAUUUUGUUAGUAUGUUGUGUGUUAGGUGAAGAUUGACUACCUUAAUAUUCAUAGAUUAUGGUAGGGCUUUUAAUAUUACAUUACACAUGCGUAUUAAAGAGAUAUUUUAUAAGACACAGAGAUAUAAAAGUAUGUACAUAUGUAAAAACGAAUUUAUAAUUUGUUUACCUAUUUAUUCAAGUGCUUAUUGUUGGAAACCUAGAAUUAUUUCACAUAGCUAAUUUUAUUAUAUAUACCUACUACUGAUAGAUAUGCUAUCUCUCCAGUUUAAAACUAAAUCAGGUUUGUCUUCAAAAUCUAGUGAUUUUCACCUACCUACUGAUUGAGUAUUAUGCUUAUUUUCCUUGUGAAAUGGCAGGCUUGCCUAUCUAGAAAAUUAAAAUUUAUAGCAUUAUGGUGAUUUCUAUCGAAUACUCUAUCAAUCUAUUCCAGGUGACGUUUCUUGUUUAUCUAUAUUUAUUCGUAAAAUAAAACUGUAGAAGUUAAAUUCUGUACAUUGAAAAUAUAAAAAAAAAAUAGGGGGUGUUACUAGAUAGACACCGGAUCCAAGAAUGUGAAUAAAAAGUUUUAGUGUGUCUGUCUCUAUGUUGCAAAAACUACCAGUUCGAUUACGAUGAAAUUUAGUACGGUUAUUCUUCAAUAUCCUGGGCACAACACAGGGUACUUUUUAGACCGAAAAAGUUAAGUAUGAAAAAACAAACUUUAUUGAGUCAGCUUAAGCCCUAGAUACAGUUACUGUACCAAACACAAAUAUAAAUUUGUCGAAUGUUAGGUUGUCCACAGUAGACUUUACGCUGUAGGGCCG